AUGAGGGGCCGUUCCGUCGAGAAGCUCGUUUACGAGUUCAUUUUCCCCAAACCUAAAGCGAACGACCCCCAGAACUUCCAGGCGCUGCUCACCCGAAAUCUCAUCCCCGAGGUCCGUCAAGAGACACAGGCCUUCUACGGCCACCUCGACACCCAGGAAGCCAAGUACCCCGGCCUGGACUAUACGCACAAGACGCACCGCAUCCGUCUUCGCCGCUGGCCCUGGCACACCAAGCUGUUCCGUGCGUUUGAUGAACUGGGCUUGACUCCCGCCGAGAUCGCGGGGUUGACGAGAUGGGAGGGGACAAAGUGGGCCAAGGAGAAGUUCGAGAGCGAGCAGGGUAUCACGAUCCGUGACACUACGGCCGAUGACAUCCCCGAAUGGGAUGACGAGCAGGAUGGUAUCGUUAAGUCGUACGGGCUCAGGCAACCCCGUGUGCUGGGGGACGAGGAAGACGACGAGACAUCGCCCGACGAGGAUGAGGAGGAACAGAGCGAUGACGAGCUGGAGAGCGUCGGCAUAGAACUCAACCAGCGGCUUCGGGCCGGUGCCGCCCGCCGAGAGGCUGGCGACACUUCUGCUGUUCUCGACGAGGAGUGGGAGCAAUGGUUUAAGAACGCGCUCGAGUCAGGGCUCAUCCACGACGAUAUGACUGAACAGGCGUUUCGUCAGCUGCUGGAAUCCACCGUCGUUCCUACCGGUCUGAUUCCUGUCAACAUGGUCUCGGCCGCUCGCGCCGGCCAGUGGUCAGAGAUUCCCGAGCGUCUGCAGCCCAUUUUGCGUCGCUCUCUGCGGUCAGAAACAGCCAGUGCUGCCGCGCAGGAGUACCGCAGCUCCCGUAUCAGGGCGUCGUGGAGCCCGGCUACUACCAGGUUGUCUGGCUUGCGGUUACCAGCCGUGGGGGAGUCAACGUCUAGCCGCAGGUCGGCUGGAGCGCCUGGGGCACUGAGGUCUUAA